UUAGUUAUUAUUCGCACCAAGAAAGAAUAACAAAUAUGGCAGGGGUUCUAAUGUUAAAUUGUUAUCAAAACAUUCACGUUGUGUUUUAAUUUAUAUUUUUACCAGUGCAGUUGACAGUUGUAUUUAAGUUAUUGUGAUUAAGAAAAGAGUCUCAAAAAAAUCAUUUAAUUAUUUGAUGCUAUAUACGAUUUGUUCGUUUUAAAUAUUUGAUAUUACUUAAGUAUAUAGACACUUAUACAUAUGAGAGAUUUAAAAUAGAUGGAAUCAGUAAUGGAAAUCUUGAUUUUUUGUAAAAUUGUCAGAUUUAUUGAUUCAUAAUCAAUCUUCAAUAAUGUUUUCUUUACUUUGUUUUGGUUUUUCAUUUUGGUCGUUAAUACCUUACAUAACCAUUCACUCAUGUUCAGCCAGUGGUUUAAAUCGAAAUACGGAAAGCAAUCUACAGACAGAAGGAUUAAGAUUUCCAACUACCAAUUAUAAAAUAGAUCACUAUCAAAAACAACGUGACUUUAUCAACUCAAAACCAUUUAAAAGAGGCAAAGAAUUUAAAUCACAACCUCGGUUUGAUAAAAGUUCAAAUGUUUUAUCAGAUAUGUAUUCAGAUUCUGAAAGCAUUCCUUAUACAAAUCCAGAUGAGGAAGAUGCGUAUACAAAAGGGUUAAUUAAUGCACUCACUAAAAAUGAUGAUCUUUUACUUAAAGGCUCAAAAUACGAUAUAGAAAGUCUAAUUACAGGGGGUCUCAAUAGCAAUAAAAACAGCGUCCAUCACAAUCGUGAAACCAACGACAACAAGAAUAAAGUGCUAGAAAAAGAAAAUGCGCUUAUCAAUACGGAACACGAUAAACAUAAUAUUCACUCGAAGGAGCAUGGUAUAUCAAACAAUCACUUUAAUGGAGAUAAUACUAUGACGUAUAACCACGACAAAGGAGAUAACAAUAUGAAUAGUCACGAUGAAGUAGAGUCUACUAUUAACAAAUAUCUGUACUCUGAUGAUGUUAAAAACGAUUUGCUUUCUGAUAAUGUACCUUUAGAUUCCUCAAUAAAAAAUGAAGUUUUAAAAUACAUCGAUCAAGACAAACCUGAAAUUGAUGAAACAAACCACAAGAUGGAAGAAAAUGAUCACUUUAAACAUUAUGAACAUGAGUUAAAAAUAGGGGAAGACGAUAGAGGAGAAAAAAACAAAAACUUUAACAAAUUUGAAAAUGAAUUUAAUAAAGACAGUAAGUUUGAAAAUGAAUAUUUUUUUGAUAACAAACAUAAAAACAAUGGAGAUAGUUUUGAAGACGGAAGUAAACACAGUUCUUUGAACGGAUAUUCUGAAAACAUGCGUUAUCAAAGUGACUUUAAUAAAAACUUCCCCGAAUAUCAUACAAAAGAAACAAAUUAUUUAUCCCAUGAUCAACAUCAAGAUAUCAAUGAAAAUGAAAAUAAUUCAUAUGAAAAAUUUGGCGAAACACACAACAAAGCUGAAAGUAACAACGAACUAUUUGAAAGCUCACAAAAAGAUACCAAUGCAGAUAAAAAGUUUACAACUAAUCUUAGCAAUAAAGUUUUAGAUAACAAUUUUUUCAAACACUCUGUAGAAGGAGAGUUAUUAGAUGAGUAUAAACACUACCCAAAUGAGUAUCUUACAAAAGAAGAAAGUUUAUUGGAAUCAGAAAAAAAUGUCAAUCAAAUACGAGAUGCUGUUAAACUAGAUAAUGAAGGGUUGAAUAACGAACUUUCUGCUAUUAAUGAAGAAGAGGAAAAGAUAGGUUCUAUGUUUGAUAAGAAAAAUAAAAGUCAACAAAGCCUCAAUGGGUAUGAAUAUGGUUCACAGACUGAAAGUCCUAUACAUUUUAAUUAUGAAACAAAUCAAAUUCAAGAAAACUACAAAAAUAACGAUGAAGCUAAAAGAUUUGACAAUGAAGACAAAAAAAAUGAUGAUUAUGAAGAGUUUGACAAUGAAACAAAAGAGUUAUUAAAUAUUGAUGUUCGAGCUAAUGGAAAAAUUGUUGAUACAAAUGGGCAACAUGCCACCUCAAAAGAAGAGGUGUUUGAUCAAGAUCUUGCUGUUCCUUUUAUACAAACUCCUCUUAACAUUUCUUUUAGUUCAAAAAAUAUGUCAAAUUUUAAAAAUGGAUCAACUUUGAAAAUGAGGUCAUCAAAACUAGAAGAAAGCAUGCUUUUAAAUGAAAUUAACAACUUGCAAAAUGAACUUAGAACAUCUAAACCAAGAAUAAUAACAAAUUCUGAUGCACAUUUUAUUGUAAAAAAAAACUUUUUUACAAAGAGAAGUGAGACCUUAAAUAGCAAAGCAAACCAAAACAAUCAAGACAAAACAAAUGAAGACCUAAAAGUCCAAAACAAUCAAGACAUAAAAGCUAUAAUAAAGAAGUUUAGAAUUAAUAAAAACUCUGUAGUUUUACUAGACAAAAGUUCAUAUGAGCCUCAAGAUAAAACACGCUCAAAAAGAAAUACAAAAAUAAGAGAACUAAAAACAAAUAAAAGUAGUUUAUCUUUGAAAAAAAAUGCCACCAAGAUAAAAAAUGUCACUUCUAUAAAUAUGGAUAUUACCAAGAGCAAAUGUCAAGCAGAUAAAAAGCAUAAGGAGCAUGUAUCUUGCAAUCCUGGAACUAACUACAGAGUUCUAGCAAGCAUUUCUGGAGCCGAAACAUUAAGUUCAGCAGAUAAAAAGUUAAAUUCAACAGAUAAAAACCUAACUUCAAUAAAUUCUAUGAAGAGUCUACAGUUAAAAAUGAAAAUAUAUCCUAAGGAAUCAAGAAGAUACACUAGAAGAGAUUCUGUUGAAAAAUCUCAGGAUUCUCAAGAAGGUAAAAAUUUACAAGUUGUUAUCAAGUCUACUGGUUGUUUUGAUCCACCUUUUCAUGGAAGCAACUGUGAUGCAACUAUUGGAUCAAUAAUGAUCAAUGGUGUUGAAAUAAGUCCAAAUCGGCCAGGGUUUAAUAUUGCUAUAAUUGAUUUAAAGACAGGGGAGUUAGAGCAAGCAAUGUCAUUCAAUACUCAUGGUGAAGCCGGAGCAUUUAAAAAAUUAGAAAACAUGCUUUCAAAUUUAGAAAUGUGGAAAAUCAUUUGCAUUGCAGUAAAGGAUGAUGCUGAAAGUUAUCUUCCAGAUUCUGCUCUACAUAUCUUUGAACAUAUUGGUGCUCAUGGUAUUGCAAAACAAAAGAUAGACUAUAGAGCUAGUUAUGCAUUUGUUGGACUAUCUGGUCCAGAAAGUGCAAGAAACAAGUUAAACUGGUUGCAAGAGGAAUUAACUCGAGCAGGAGAUGGUCCAAGCAUUAUAAUUACCCACAUUAGGACAGGUCUUGAUGCUUUUAAAGAAGCUGGUGGCAGAAUCUUUGAAAGCAAAAUAAAAGUUCCAGCAAGUUUUUAUAAAUCAAGUUUCAAUUCCAAAAAUGCUGUCAAAGAUGAAUCAAAAGUUUCAUUAGACAAUGAUAAUGAUUUUGAGAGACGAGUAAAAGUAAGUAACUCAAAUAAACCAGGACACAUUGACAAUAAUCAGUCAGAUGAGUCUCUUCAUGUCAAAAAUAAUGAAGAAAACAUGCAGCGCGAAACACAACUCAUUUCAGAUAACCAAAUGCCUGAAAGUCUUAAAAAUAUAUCCGAUAUUACUCAAACAAAAUCUGAAAAGUUAUCAGAUAUUGAACAGCAAAUACAAAAUUUGCAGUUAGCUCUAUCAAAAGAGAAACAGAACUACAAAAACAUUGUAGAAAUGGUGAUGACACAGAGUAGUCCAGACAACUUGAAGUUUUUAAAUUCUUUGAAAAAUAAUCUUUAUUCUAAAUUAAUUGAAAAUUUAAAUCCCAGCUCAACAACUGAUCACAAUAGAAAAUCACAAAGUAACUUUUUAGAUAAAAAUUUAGCCGCUGAAGAUUUUGUUGAAAGUCAAAAUCAUAACCAAGAAAAUCUUGAUAUUGUAAAUGCUUUGAAUAACUUAAAAUUCAGGAAUCAGUUUGUAGAAGUUGAACCUGAACGGAAAAAAUUUUCACAAAAUGAUAACAACUAUUCUGAAAAGCAGUUAGAUAGUGCAGCUUUAAAGUUAAUCCAAUCCUUUGAAAAUUCUGCUUCUAAAGAAAAUUUUUCAAAUGCUUCACCUGUAGAAAAUUAUUUUAAAACUUUACCUGUGGAAAGUUUCAUGAAAACUUCACCUGUGGAAAAUUUAAAUCCAGUUAGUUCGCUUUUAAAGCUAUCAAAUGCAUUCAAUGUUUUGGAUGGUUCAGAAAAUAUAAAUGAAGCAGAUUCUUUAAGACUUAAUGAGUUUUUAAGAAGUUCUGGAAAAUCAUCUUUAAAUAAAAUUGAAAAUAGUUUAUUCAGUAGCUUAAAAAAAAAUUUACCAUUAAAUCCUUUAUCUCAGGCAAUAGAUAAAGAUGAAACAACAAGUAAAACUCUCCCAUAUUCACUAAUAAAUAAUGUCUUACUGUCACUAACAAAUCAAUCUGUUCCUAGUGUUAAUAAAGACUAUCAAGAAAUUGAUAGCAAUGCUGUUGGAAGUAUAAAUAAUGAGAUUGGAAUCAAUUUUGCAAAGGCAACAAAUUACCAAAAUGUGGAUAAGAAUACAAAUGGAAAUGAAUUAACCCAAUCAGUUUUAUACAAGUAUAUUCAAGACUUGUUGCAAGCUGGUAAUCCUCAGACAAGCGUAAAAUCUUACCAGCUUCAAUCUGAUGAACUUGAGGAUCUCCAAAGUUUUAAAAAAAAUAUUGAUGGAAACAAACAGUUUGAAGUAAUUAAUUCACUAGGCUCUAAUAUAAACUCUGGUGUCCCCAAUCCUGCUUAUGAUUCAUCUUUAGAAAAAGAAGACAAAGCAAUAUCAAAAAGUAGUUCUUCUCAUGAAACUGUUGAUCUUGAUUCUCAAUAUACUGGUCAAGGUCCUUUUGGUUCAAUAUCUCAGGCAAACGUGAAAAAAAAACCUGACUACACUGAAAACUCUUCACUUGUUGAUUCUUCAUUAAUCAAGCAAGUUGUUGAAAAAAUUCCAAAUGAAACUGUUCAAACACUAGUAAAUCUUAUUAAAGAAAAGUUAACUAAUGAACUUCGACUUACGAUUCACUCUCCCUCCUCAAUGGAAUCAAAGUUUUCUUCAAGAAAGCAUAAAGCUAAGAUUGAUGAUGAAUGCGAAUCACCUGUUUCUAAAAUUUGUGAUGAUGAAUGCUAUAAAAAAAAUACGCUGAUUGGUCGUUACAUUAACAUACAAUCAUCAGACACAAAUGCAGUCAUUAAAGUCAAUGGGCAAGAUUGGAGCAAGGAUGAAGCUGGUUUUAAUUUGGUUGUUUUAGACUUCUUUACUGGAGAAGUUGAUUCAACUGAAUCUUUUGAUACUGAAGUGGAUGGUGGAGCAUCAAGAGCUAUGACAAAUUUUAUAAAUUCUCUUGCGCCAGGAAAAUUGUUACUAGUAGCAACUCGUGGAAAUGCAGGAGAACUCAUGGGGAACAAUGCUUAUACAGCUUUGGGAUAUACAGGUGGAAGGAGUCUUCUAACCAAUCAUUUAAAUAAUGGAGAUCGGUAUGUUUUAUUAGGUGCAACAGGUAACUUGCGUUCCCUUAUACAAGAAGAUCUUGUGCAAUAUGGUAGCGAUAUAGCAGAAAUUAAAUCCCCAAUAGUUAUUGGACCUGGAGCAAUGAAUGAUACAUGCUUAUGCUUAAAGUACUGUGGAGCAAAUGAGGUUCAUAGAAAUUUUAAAGAAGAGCACAGAUCUAAAGGUUCUCAAAAAGAAUAUGAUUAUUUUAUUGGCAAAAAGCCUGCAACAUCAGAUCUUGUUGCAAAGAGUGUGCAUGUUGAGACAAAAAAGCCUUCAGAAAUAAAUGAUAAAGUUGACAACAAAGAAAGUUAUGACGAAUCGUAUUCUCAACAACUUAUUAAUAAUCUGUUAUCUUCAGAAUUCUCUGGCAAAGUUAUACCUUAUGAAAAUAAUGAAAAAAACUUUACUUACUCAUAUUACAUGGAACCAGAAAAUGAAGCGUCAGGGUAUUUUGGAACUGAUAAUGCUGAAAAAAAAUCUGGAAAUUUAAUAAAUGCUAAAAAAAAAUUAAAAAUAAAAUCUGAUGCGUUUGUUGUGUCACCAAAAUCAAAGAAAUUGAAGUCAGAUAAUGUCAGCGAAGAUAUUGAAGUUGUGAAUUCCGAUGGGAUUGUAUUACCUGUUUCUAUAGUUGAAAAGGAAACUGAUUUAAGCAGUGGAGACGAUGAUUUAGGAAAGGCAGAAAUUAUUUUUCUUAAGCAAAAUGAACAAGUGGCAUCAAAUCCUCACCCAAAUCAUAUGAAGGAAUCUUUUGUUAAUUUAGAACAUCGUGGCAAAUUUGCUAUAAGAAAAAAACCCAAUUAUCCGAGUAUUACUCCAGGCAAAAAGUUAGUUGACAAUCUGUUUAAAGCUUUGCAUACUGUGAAAAUGAAAACAAAUAAAAAUAAAUCGCAUAAAAACUCACGUUAUUUACAUCCGGUUGUAAAAGAACAGGGUUUAUCUCUGUUAACUAAAUACAAUAUAGAUUUUUUGAGUGGUAAAAAAAAAGUAGAUGCACUUUUAAAGAAAAAAGAAAUUGAAAAGCAAGUUAAAAAAAUACAGCAUUAUGAUGACGUGUAUAGUACCAUCGGAAAUAAUUUACAUUCAUAACCAGAACGAUUCUAACGUACAAAAUAUAAGCCAGUAUUUAGUCUUAAAAAUUGAUCAGCUAAAGUAAUUAAAUAAUUUUGUUAAAACAACCAAGACGAAGUUUGCAAGAAUUCUUUUGUUCCAUAGUUGUUUGCUGUUAAUUAAUAUUUGCUACGAAAAGACCAAACGAAGAUCAUCAAGUUAAUGGAAGCUUUUAACGAAUUUUAAGAGUUAAACUCAUAUCUAAAAUAAUUUUUUUUAACGUAAUGUACAUAAACUUGUCAAACAUUAAAUAUAGUUUUUCGUCUAAUAUUA